AUGGCGGAUAUAAACAGGACAAACUCGCCUAUGAAUUUGUACAGGGAAGAUAUUUUAGACACGAAAGAAGAACUUGAUAAGGCAAGAGAAAAAUUGAUCGGAGAGCAGAGGAAAAAUGCACCUUUUCUUGUUGGCAGUAUAGAACGUGUGAAUGAAAGAAUAGCCACUUUAGACAGAGAGCUUCAGGAUUUCUCGGAGCUGGUGAUUGAGAGCAAAGCAACGAACGUCCCUGAAGAUGUUCUUCUCCUGUCCCCUCGAUUUCAGAAGGGUCCGCAAAAAGCGCUGGUAAAGGUCGUCACGCCUAAGCUGAAACACCUCUCUAAAAUCAACGAGUCAAGUAGAAAGAUUACAAAGGAUAAAGGUGACACUAAGCCUAAACUUGUUGAGCUUCAUCAGUACGCUGGUUAUGACCCCCAUCAGCUCACCUCCUUGCCAGACCUAGAGACAAUGACCAUCAUAAAGAGGGUGACAGAUGCCCUGACGGGCCUUCAGAUUAAGCCGCAGUACAGACAGGAAUUCAAGAGACUCUUUUUCUCAAAGAUGUCCGAGGCUGUUCUUGUCGACACCUUCUGGUGGUUCUUCCUGCAGCGAUACCAUCCCAGCAAGAGAACCCAAGAGAGGAUUUUCAACCGAGUUGCUCAUAACUACAUCAAGCUACUGCUGUUUGCAAGGAACCCUAAGUUCAGGGAUGUCUUCUUCCAGGAUUACAGCGACCUCCUAGCUCAGUCAAUCUACAGCGCCUUCUGCGCUGCAUUCCCCAACUCGUGGCGGCAAUUUGACAAUAACUUUAGGAGUGACCUUUGCACUCUGACCUCUCAGUGGGUGGACGGGACCAGACCGAGGCCAAGGACGUGGCUGAAGUGGAAUUACUCGGGGCUGGAGCCGCAGAACAUGAAGCGAGAGCAGUUCAUGAAGACGGAUAACAAGAAAGGAGGUCUCUUCAACUUUGACAUGCUGACACCAGAGAGCAGUAAUCACUCCAACGCAAGCAAGACAACCGACUCGUCUGUCCCUCAACCACAGCUUCCACUGUCCCAACAACAAGUCAACGCCAAAAACAAGCUCCAAUCACGGACAUCAAGUGGCACGUCAGUGGCCACGACGGCCACGGGAGUCAUCCCACAAGACUCUGAUUUCAUGUCGAUCUCGACGGUAGCCCGGGCACAGCAUGCCCCUCUCCCACUGAGAGGAGCAGGUAAAGGUACCGUAGGGAAAUCCACGACAGGAGUGGGGAAAACCGGCGUGGUGAUGAAGACCGGCGGACUGUUGCCGAUUCGUGAGAACUCACUCGAGAAUUCUGACAUAGACAAGGCUCAGUUGAAAACAGGGAAGACAAAAGUUGCAAAGAAUGUCAACAGGGGUAGGAAGGAUCAAAGGAACGGAAACAAUACCUCUAAGAACAAUGGAGAGGGACUCAGGGCAAGCGAUAGCGGUAGUAGACAUACGCUGGAGGUACAGGCAUCCAAGUCAACGACGCAGUCCUUUAUAAGGCAGAGAAAUGAUGCAAAGGCAGUUGAGUCUCAUCCCGUUGGUGAGGGCGCUACAUUCUCCAAAGUGAUGUUCAACAGUAGCGGACAGAGUCCUCUGGUCCUUCACUUCUUAAGACAGAAGGGCCUGGAUCAGACGACCGGUAUCGACAACCUCCUCAGACGAACCGAGAUCAAGAAACUACCUCCGAUGGACGCCCCGACCUACAGCCAGCUGAUUCAAGACACUUUCCAUUCUGUACGUCAGAUGGAUGAGAAUUAUCAACUGAUGUACGAAGGCGGACAGAAAGACCAUACACAGUUUCUUAAGAAACAGAGAAAUGAUCUACAGGAACACAUGAGACGGGAGGAUUUGUUGAUGGCACAGCCCAGAGAGGUCAAGAGGCUGAGUGAUUUGCUGGUCUUGGAGUUACUGAAAGACCAUGAUGAAGUGAGUACGGGUGCCGCCCUGGCUGUGGAAGAGACCUUACUGCGCCAGGAUCAGAUCUAUAUGUAACAACAUGAGGGCGACUGGGUGUCUGUGAGAUAACUUAGGCUAAUUCAAAAGUCACAGUCAAAGCCAUUUAAGUCACACACAGGCCAACUAAGUUGUCCAUAUCUGGGCCCAAUACCAAUAAAGCCUGUAAACACAAAUACUUGCUAAGCACAGAAAAGUAUUGUCUAACAGAAACAGGUUA